UUGGGGGCUGAGUUGGCACGACAAUCGAUCACUGGGCUCUCUUCUCUGUCCACGACAAAAUAAGAGCUCCAUAUAAGAAACUUCCUCUCUCUCUCUCUCUCUCUCUCUCUCUCCGAAUUCUUGAAAGCUUCCUUAAUCCCAAAUUGGAAGUCCUUAGGUUUUCGAUUUUUUCUCUUUUUUUUAUUUUUUUUAUUUUUCGUAACCCCCAAUUUCAUCCAUGGCUUCUCGUAGGCGUAUGCUCCUUAAGGUCAUUAUCCUCGGCGACAGUGGGGUGGGGAAGACAUCGCUGAUGAAUCAGUAUGUGAAUCGUAAGUUUAGUAAUCAGUACAAAGCGACAAUUGGAGCUGAUUUUCUAACAAAGGAGGUUCAGUUUGAAGAUAGGCUCUUCACAUUGCAGAUUUGGGAUACUGCUGGACAAGAAAGGUUUCAAAGUCUUGGUGUGGCUUUCUAUCGUGGUGCAGAUUGCUGCGUUCUUGUAUAUGAUGUGAAUGUAAUGAAAUCGUUUGAGAAUCUCAACAACUGGCGGGAGGAGUUUCUGAUUCAGGCUAGUCCAUCUGACCCUGAGAACUUUCCAUUUGUCGUGUUGGGAAACAAGGUAGAUGUUGAUGGAGGAAACAGCCGGGUGGUUUCUGAGAAGAAGGCAAAGGCAUGGUGUGCUUCUAAGGGAAACAUACCAUACUUUGAAACAUCCGCAAAAGAAGGGUUCAAUGUUGAUGCUGCUUUUGAAUGUAUAGCCAAAAAUGCACUCAAGAAUGAACCUGAAGAAGAAAUAUACCUUCCUGACACAAUUGACGUUGCGGGAGGGGGGCGGCAGCAAAGAUCUACCGGUUGUGAAUGUUGAGUUCUUAAAUAUGCUUUGUUCGUCAGUUUAAUACAAAUCUGUCGUUAUCAUUUGGUGAUUAUUAUUAUUAUAUUUCAGUUCUUUCAACAAAGAGUAAAUUAUCUUAGGGGAGGUUAUGAAGUUCUAUUUGUAUCAUAAGUGGAUCAGAAAAGGCAAUUUGUCUAUUAUUGUAUUGCGGUUUCUCUUUGUUGA